AUUCCCGCAGGCGCAGCUUUGGCCACGGUCGUCCCCUCCACCUGGGCCAGCCCGGCAAGCAGGCGGAACCUCUACUCAAUGCAGUCCUCUCUGGGCUGUGGUCAUCCUGGGGCACUGGCUUGUGAAAGAAGGCACAGCGUGUGAUCAGACCCUGGGUGACGGAGCUCCCGAGGGCCUCCAUCUAAGAGGAGCUGAGGAAGGCGUUGUGCUGCCCUGCUGACGGCUGUCUGACCCCUGUCUCCCUGCAGAGAGAGGCCCUGGCAACAUGGGUGACUGGGGCUUCCUGGAGAAGCUGCUAGACCAGGUCCAGGAGCACUCGACUGCGGUGGGCAAGGUCUGGCUGACCGUGCUCUUCAUCUUCCGCAUCCUCAUCCUGGGCCUGGCGGGCGAGUCCGUGUGGGGAGAUGAGCAGUCUGACUUCGAGUGUAACACAGCGCAGCCGGGCUGUACCAACGUGUGCUACGACCAGGCUUUCCCCAUCUCCCACAUCCGAUACUGGGUGCUGCAGUUCCUCUUCGUCAGCACGCCCACCCUGAUCUACCUGGGCCACGUCAUUUACCUGUCUCGGCGGGAGGAGCGCCUUCGGCAGAAAGAGGGAGAGCUUCGGGCCCUGCCGUCCAAGGACCUGCAGGUAGAGCGGGCGCUGGCUGCCAUAGAACACCAGAUGGCCAAGAUCUCGGUGGCAGAGGACGGCCGCCUCCGGAUUCGAGGGGCACUCAUGGGUACCUAUGUCGUCAGUGUGCUGUGCAAGAGCGUGCUGGAGGCAGGCUUCCUCUAUGGCCAGUGGCGCCUCUACGGCUGGACUAUGGAGCCUGUGUUUGUGUGCCAGCGGGCGCCCUGCCCCCACCUCGUCAACUGCUACGUCUCUCGACCCACGGAGAAGACCAUCUUCAUCAUCUUCAUGCUGGUGGUAGGCGUCAUCUCCUUGGUGCUCAACCUGCUAGAGCUGAUGCACCUGUUGUGCCGAUGUGUCAGCCACGAGCUAAAGGCUCGAAAGGACCACGAUGCCCCCCCAACCCAGGGCAGUGCCUCAGACCCUUACCCCGAGCAGGUUUUCUUCUACCUCCCCAUGGGUGAGGCACCCUCGUCCCCACCGUGUCCCACCUACAAUGGGCUCUCGUCCACUGAGCAGAACUGGGCCAACUUGACCACAGAGGAGAGGCUGACCUCUUCCAGACCUCCUCCCUUCGUUAACCCGGCCCCGCAGGGUGGCCGAAAGACCCCCAGCCGUCCCAACAGCUCUGCAUCCAAGAAGCAGUAUGUGUAGAGAUCCCAGGCUUAACUCACUCGACACAGUCGUUCUGAGGAGUGUGUCCACCUUGGAUGCAGCUCAGGUGGCUCUCUCUCCUCAAAAGCACUUUGGAGACACCUGGGCCGGGGAGGUGGAUGCUCGCUGGACAGAGGACCUGAUUACAGGUGCCUUUGUGACCAAAGGACACUGUUGGGGCUUUGCAGAAUGUGACUCUAACCAGACUCGGUCACAGCACGUGGGGGUGCUUUUGGCCAAGGGUGCUUUGGCCCUCUGAUCCUUUUCGCCUGACCCAGAGGGACCCCCAAGCCAACCUGACUCUUGGGCCUCCCCUAUGAGGCGAGUCACGGAACCCUGGGUUUUCAUCACAGCCCUCUCCUUCUGGGGAAAAGGUUGAUGCAGGCUGCUGGCUCGGCUUCGUCACCUGGACAGACUCAGCCUGCCCUGGAUCUGGCCCUUUCCAGGGGAACUGGCUGGUGUCUCGUUUCUGUCGCUCCUAGUUCCACUGUUUAUGCUUCUAAAAUAAACGGGACUCGAUCAUAA